AUGUCAGAUAUAGAUAUAGAUAAUGUAUUAAAUUUAGAAGAAGAACAAUAUGAAUUAGGAUUUAAAGAAGGUCAAAUACAAGGAACAAAAGAUCAAUAUUUAGAAGGAAAAGAAUAUGGUUAUCAAACUGGAUUUCAACGAUUUUUAAUCAUUGGUUAUAUUCAAGAAUUAAUGAAAUUUUGGUUAUCCCAUAUAGAUCAAUAUAAUAACUCUUCUUCACUUCGGAAUCAUUUGAAUAAUUUGGAAGAUAUUAUGGCACAAAUUUCUAUAACGAAUGGAGAUAAAGAAGUUGAAGAUUAUGAAAAAAAUAUUAAAAAGGCAAGAAAUAAAUUAAGAGUGAUAGCUAGUAUAACUAAAGAAACUUGGAAAAUUGAUUCAUUGGAUAAUUUGGUGAAAGAAGUAGGUGGAACUUUACAAGUUAGUGAAAACCCCGAUGAUAUGUGGUGA